GAUGUUUUUCUCGUUGUAGGAUUUUCUUCUCGGUGUUCGUAACAAUUAGUUCAACAGAUGGACUCGAAUGCAGUACAGUCACUUGGCGGUGGUCCCUCUCCUGCUAGUUCGACCGAUACCACUAUAACUUUGGAUGCUGAAGAAGGUGUAGCUGAAACAACAGGAGCUAAGAAAGCACAGAAGGACCACAGUCCCAACUCUAACUCAUCUGUAGACACCGACUCUGACAGUGAUGAAUCUGAUCAAGAAGAGGACAGACCCGAACGACCUGUAUAUUCGACCGCACUCAAUGGAGCUCAAAACUGGAACAAGCUGUCAACUCUGUGGAAAGUAACAGCUGCCAAGAAAAACACAAGCUUUGGAGAGUCACCAACUGAAGGAGACCUGAAUGCCCAUUCUUGUAGCCAGCUCUACCAUACAAAGAGAAAGUCUUUGAAACUCAAAAACUAUCACAAUAAUGCUAGAGCUAUGAAAGAUAUUGAGAAGUUCUUAGCUCAGCCCAUAGUUUUGUUUAAAAACAAAAUGCACCGCACUCAAUGGGAAGAGAUUGUUGAGGAGAUGAUUAUAAAGUUAAGUAAAGAGAAGCCUGAGCUAAAUCUUGCCAUUAAGAUGGCCAUGAAGUCAGUCAUCAGUAAUGAGGCCGAUUACCUGAUUCCAGAAUCUGUUCAAGGAAUAACCCUGUCACCCUAUGGGCCUAUUACUGAACAAAGCUUCAUCGUCGUUGUAGGCGAGACAAAGGCAGUAACCGAUAGUCAGGUAGUAAUGUGUGUCUUGGAGCAACCCUUCAAUUUUGGAAAUGGGGCCGAAGAAAUUAGGUUCAUAUGCCUAGUCUUCAGCCCAAAGAAGACUAAGCACACCAAAUCUGGAGUGGAGGUUGCAAGGACUUAUGCCACGCUACUGUCGGACGACAGACUAAGGCAUAACCUGUUAAACACAAAUAGCCCCGAACGGUUUGCUCAUGAAUUCGAAAUGGAAUGCCACAGAAUGCAAAAAGAACAUCAAAAACGUGAAAGGGUCGCCGCCGCCAAGAUUUCCAAGGAGAAUGAAACAAUCCCAAAAAAGAAGCACGGGAUACCUGUCAUAGGACUGAUCCAAGAUAUAAAAAGACGAAGCAAGCACUACGUCCACGACUACAUCGGGGAUCUGAAGGACUGUACCAGCAUACAGAAAAUAAUUUCCACUACGCUCUUCCUCUUUUUCUCGCUACUUCUACCCUCCAUAGCAUUUGGUGUCCUCGAUGCUCACUACACGGACGGUAAGAUUGAUGUGCAGAAUGUCAUUGUGUCUCAAGCAUUGGGUGGGUUACUCUGGGCCUUGUUCAGUGGGCAACAUCUAGCGGUGAUUAGAACCACUAUACCUGUGGUUAUCUACACUAAGAUUAUCUAUCUGAUCAGCAAGAACUGGGCUGACGACGGCAGUUUCUUUUACACUUUCUACGCCAUGGUGGGUCUUACUAACGCGGUCUUCUUGGUUAUCUACGGUAUCAGUGGUAUAAGUAAGGUCAUGGCCUACUGUUCCCGAUCUACGGAGGAGAUAUUCGGGUUGUUCAUCUCCAUCGCUUUUAUCGUCGAUUCGGUCAAGUACAUUGUGAAAGAAUUUGACCUCUACUACUAUUCGUGUGAUCUAUCCGUUAAUGCGACCAUGAAUGCUGUAAAAAGAGCAAGUGAUAUAGCUGAAGCGGCUGAUUGUGAUCAAACAAAACCCAUUUUGUCUCUGCUUCUUGUGCUAGUCACAGUUUAUGUGGGAGUCGUGAUCUUCAACUUCAAAUACAGCCCCUUUCUCAAUGCAGACAAAAGGGUAAUCGUUGCUGACUACGCUUUGGUUGUGGCUGUUGCUGCUGGCACCGUACUAGGAAGUUACGUGUUUCGACACAUUGAAUUGGACCAGUUCCACGUGAAUGAAGACAGGCCCCUGUUCAAGGUGGUAACGUUCGAGAGCCCUUCAGCAGGAGCUGUGCUUUCAGCAAUCGGCUUAGGUUUCCUCAUGUCAAUCCUAUUUUUCAUGGAAGUGAAUAUAGCCGCUAGUGUUGUGAACAACCCGGCUAACAAGUUAAAGAAAGGUAGGGCAUAUCACCAAGAUAUGGUUGUUAUUGGGCUCAUAAACGCCAUCAUGAGCAUAUUUGGUCUCCCCUUUGUUCAUGGCUCGUUGCCUCACUCACCUCUUCACGUAAGAGCUCUGGCUGACAUCGAGGAGCACAUCGACAACGGAAAUCUCACUGAGAACAUUGUCUACGUACGAGAAACCCGACUCACUACCCUGAUAUCCAAUAUCAUGAUCGGCGCUUGCGUCCUGAUGAUUCCUUACCCCUUGAACCUGAUCCCUAUACCUGUAUUAUACGGACAGUUUGUUUUCCUGGCGGUCACUUCUCUUGGAGAGUUCCAACUGUGGGAGAGACUUGUCCUGAUCUUCACUGAGCAGAGUUUGUAUCCUCCCAUCCAUUAUGUUAGGAAAGUUCCUCAAAAGAUCAUUCACUGUUUCACCUUCCUACAAAUUGUGCAGCUAGUCGGUCUCUGUCUGAUUUCGUUUGCAGGAUCUGCGUAUCUAAAGAUGUUUUUCCCAUUCGCCAUCAUUAUCUUGAUGCCAAUCAGAGAAAAAAUUUUGCCAGCUUUGAUUUCAGAACGGCAUCUACAUUGGCUUGAUGGAGAACACUGAUUCAUCUAUUUAUCUUGUGUUAUCAAUAUUUUAGUCUUUCAAUAUUGUUGAAGUCUGAUAUUUAGUAAUACUUAUACAGUCGUUGUAGUUGUACCUCGUUAUAACGCGCGUCAAGGGAAGACAGAAUUUAGACAAAAACCGCGUUAUAACGAGGUCUGAAAUUGGUGAUAUGAGAAUUGAGAAAUUCAUAUCUUGAGCUUGUGAUGUGCUAUAAGUAUAGUUAUACCUCUUUUUAACUAAAUCGGUUUGUUCUUUAAUCAUUUUCAUACCUGCAUCUGGCAAUAUAAUUACAUCUAUUCGUUUACAAAUAUUGGACGCUAUUGUUUUUUUCUGUAUGUUAAUUUACAUCGGAACAAUGA